UAUUCUCGAAAAUGUCAGACUCCGACGUCUCUCUCUCUCAUUCACUCACUCUCUCAGUCUCUCUCUCUCUUUUUAAAACAAUCAAAUAAGGAAGUACCUAUAUCGGCUAUAUUAUAAAGAGUCGGUUGUCCGGUAUUUAGUUGUUGCAAAAUAGCGACCUUUUUCGUGAUUUACAUUUAAGUCAGGUGUCUACGACAGGCGACAGCAACAAAUAACAAUGUCCAGUGAUUCGAUUAAAACAUUUAACAAUGUGGAGUCACCUGGAUUCGUGGGUUUUGCCAAUCUGCCAAAUCAAGUUCACCGUAAGUCUGUGAAAAAAGGCUUUGAAUUCACUCUUAUGGUGGUUGGUGAGUCUGGUCUUGGAAAGUCCACGCUCGUCAAUAGUCUCUUCUUAACGGAUUUAUACCCUGAACGCGCCAUUCCAGAUGCCAUUGCAAAAACCAAGCAGACUGUAAAAUUGGACGCAUCAACUGUAGAAAUUGAAGAGCGCGGAGUGAAAUUGCGACUUACUGUUGUCGAUACUCCUGGUUUUGGGGAUGCAAUAGAUAACUCAGAUAGUUUUCGUGCUAUUAUUCAGUAUAUUGAUGAGCAGUAUGAACGGUUUUUAAAAGAUGAAAGUGGAUUAAACAGACGUCAUAUUAUUGACAAUCGUGUUCACUGUUGUUUUUAUUUUGUUUCUCCAUUUGGUCAUGGAUUAAAGCCAUUGGAUAUUGAAUUAAUGAAAAAACUACAUAAUAAAGUGAAUAUUGUUCCUGUCAUUGCCAAAUCAGAUGUUCUUACUAAAAAAGAAAUACAGAGAUUAAAAAAAAGAAUACUAGAAGAAAUCAAUUCUAAUGGCAUAAAAAUUUACCCUCUACCCGAUUGUGACAGUGAUGAAGAUGAAGACUAUAAAGAACAGGUUAAGCAAUUAAAAGAAGCUGUACCAUUUGCUGUUUGUGGUGCAAAUCAAUUAUUAGAAGUACGCGGUAAAAAAGUCCGAGGUCGGUUCUAUCCUUGGGGUGUUGUUGAAGUCGAAAAUCCUGAACAUUGUGACUUUAUCAAACUGCGUACUAUGCUUAUCACACACAUGCAAGAUCUUCAAGAAGUAACACAAGAAGUACAUUAUGAAAACUACCGAUCAGAGCGUCUAGCAAAAGGAGUGCCUGUGCCAAAAAGAACUACAUCACUACCUGAACAUGAGAAAAAUUCUGGGUCUGAAAAAGAUAGAAUUUUGCAAGAAAAGGAGGCUGAACUUAAACGUAUGCAAGAUGUUAUUGCCAAAAUGCAAGCUCAAAUACAGCAACAAACGCCUUAGUAACAUCUCAAUAUUAACCAUUUACACAUUUUCCAAGUGACUGCUUAGAAAAAAAAAAAACACUUGAUUCCAUGAUGCCAUUAUUCUAAACUAUUUUAUUCUUAUAAUUAUUCCUCAUGAUUGUAUGACUCCAGUUUAAAUGAUAUAUAAGCUUAAAUUUAAAUUUUACAUUAAGGUAUACUUAACCUAUAAACUAUAGUUAUCGUUUAAUUCAUAGGUAUUUUUUUUUAAAAUGUAUUUAUAAUAAAAAAUGAAGUACAAAUGUACUAUAUUAUUUAAAUUCCAGUCAUAUAAGUAACAUACAAAAUGGUGUCUUUUGAUUUAUGCCUGCUCAAAAUUGAUCAUGUUCAGUACAUAAAAUUAAUUUUCAUCAUAAAACUGAUGUAUGAUACAUAGUUACGACUUAUAAUUUUAAUAUUAUAUUAUAUUUUGGAAAAAAUAAUCAUAUUUCAACUAACCCCUAGUUAAGAUCUGAUACUUAUAUUUUUAUACUUUUCAUUUACUAUUAAAAAUAACUUUGGGAUUUACUUUAUAAAUAUUAAAAAUAU